UGGAGAUAUUUAUGAGGAAGGAAGAACCUCAUCAGAUAAUUGAGCGCCGAACCAUAUUAUUGUUACAGUUUCCUAACCUUGUAUACAUCAGUGUUCCUCUAAUAAGCAGUGGUACUAGAUGUUUACUAAUAUGUAUUGAGAGGAACAGAGAUAAUGCGUUAGAUAACUCCAUUAUCAAUUAUGAAAUAAGGCAUAUAUGAUAAGAUUGCAUAUGUUUAUUACAUUUAAAUCUAUAGGAAGGACGGAUCGAUGAACAGAGAAUAUAAGAAUAAGAAAUUCCAUGUUUCCAUUUUACAUCGGAUACAAACUCACUGAAAACAAAAACAAAAGAAAACAAUCAAAGAAAAAAAAACGUCACGAAGAGAGCGAAAGCGAGAACAAAGGCGAGGAAUAAUGAGCAAGCCAAGCCAAGCCGAAACGGAGCGACAGACGGAGGAGGAGCAAAGCCAGUGGGUUGUGAGUGAGGUUCCGAAGCCGAGCGAAAGGGAGAGUGGGUCAGUCACGUGCAGAGGGGACGAGGGAGAGGAUGUGUGUGGAUGUGCUGGCGCGGUUUAUAGUGACUCGGGUGUGCUAGUGGUGUUUUAUGUGUAUUGUGUCAUGAAAUUAGUGAGGAAAGAUCAUGGGUGAUGUAUCUUCGUGCGCUGGAUGUCUCUCUACACGCGGUGCCUCUGAUACCUACUCAUGGACUCAUUCUUGGGCAACACGCGGCCGUUCUUCCAAGGGCUGCCAGCGUCCACCAGAGGGUAUGAUGGAUCCACUCUCAAGGACCAGACUCAAGCCCCGCCCACGCCCACGCCCCCUGCUACGCCUACACUUCCACCUGCCCAUGUUUACAACCCCUACCCCGUAGGAGUGACGAGCUCAGCGCCAGCCACGAGCUUGCCCGGUUCGCUGACCCCCAGUCGACCAAUAACGCCUGCCACGCCCUCGCACAAGCCUCAUGACCACGCUCCGCCUGCGCCAUCCCACAGCGUGACAUCCUUCUUGCACCCGCCUAGCAAGACUCCAGCACCCGAGGCUCGUUACCUUGCCCAGCUGGAGCACUUCCGUCAGCAAACGUCAGCAGUGGCCAGACCCACUGAUCCACUUCACGAUGCCCGAGCCUUCAGUCGGUCAUACAGCACCCAGCCUGGUCUUACAAUCGAGCACCCAUUGCCUACUAGACCCUUCAGCUCCCAGGCAGCACUGUCCUCUGCAAGCAGAGGCAUUUCUCGCUCGUACAGUACACAAGCUCCACCUUCGUUAGAAAUACGGCCAACCAGACCUUACAGCUCGCAUUCUGCCGUUGGAGUGGAUUCUAGAAUUCCUGCUGGACCCUACGGUACACCUUCAACACCUAAUAGUGACUUAAGGGCCUACCAGUAUUCCUUUACCACACAAGCCAUUUCUGCAGACCCUCGUGUGCAUGUAGAGUCUAGAUUUCUUGAAAGACCAGAGUCUAGGUCACUAGAUUCAAGGUCAUUGGAAGCACGGUCUGACCCACGAGGAGGCACAAGACCUGAACAGUGGGGUCCAAGUUAUAGAGCUGAUGCAAAGUCUUUGGACAGACUGGCACCAUCCGUCCACAUUGCUGCUCCCUCUGCCAGUGUGAACGGUUCCAAGGACGCUCUUUAUCUGGGCAAAAAACCUGAUGAUAUUGGAAGUGUUAGACGACCAGAUGAGUCAUAUGUAAGAAGAAGUAGUGAAUUAUUGCAGGUUAAUGGAUCACGUGACCCACUCUAUCCCAAUGGGUCUCAGAGUGCAUAUUCAUCAGAAACACAAAGAGACCCAUCUUCUGAAAGACCAAAAGACAGCCGGCCCAAAGAAGAUUCUGCUUUGGACCUCUCCGUCAAAACUGUAAGGCAAACGCCAGACUCUACUGCUCCAGAUCCUGAGAAAAGCUACAGUAUAUCUCCUGUAAAUGCUUCAACAGUAGAUAAGAAUCCUCAGAAUGAAACUCCAAGGCAAACUCCAAAUUCCACUCCAGUUUCAUCUCCUUACAGGCCUCCAAACAGAGAUCCAUCCUUAGCACAGUAUGCUGAUAUAUCAAAACUUAAUCCUGGAAUAUCAGGAACAAGAGCAACGCCACCCAGUCAUAUACCCCCACACUUUAGUUUAAAUGCUCCUUCAAGUCCACAUACUUCAUCAAGUCCUAUAUCUCGUGGGACUCAUUUUAUGCCCCCCUCUAAGCGACCAGGGGAUCCUCUGUACUUUGACCAUUUUACAAAGUUGCCGAAAUUAAGUCACGCUCCUCCAAACAAAUCGCCUACACCAUCUCGGCACAUACCUGAAAGUCAUUUGCCCCUUCACCCAAGAGACAAGGUCCUCUAUGGUGCCCCCAAAGAAGAUCCAAAUCGCGGUUUGCAUCUUCUUGUAGCUGCCACACUUAACACAGAACAUGAUGGGAGAUAUGGCCAUGAGAUUGGUUAUGAGAGAAAGCACAGUACAGAGAGGAAGGACACAAGUAAUGACUUGAGGGAUUUAAGCCUUGAAAUAAGAGAAAGGAGAGAGUCAUCUAUAGACUUAAAAGAAAGUGAAAGAAGAGGAUUAAGUCUUGAGAGAAGAGACUCAGUGAUGGAGAGAAGAGAGCCAAGUGUUGAACGAAGAGAUUCAAGCUUAGAAAGGAGAGAUUUGGGCAUUGAGAGAAGAAAUUCCAGCAUGGACAGAGGAGAUCCAAGUCAUGAAAGAAGAGAUUUAAGCUUAGAGAAAAGAGAUCUUGAUUCUAAGUACCUGUAUCCCAAACAUCCAGAUGUCAAACUAUCCUUAGACCAAUACAGAGCGUGGGUGCCAACCUCAGAACACUCAAAAUCUGAUAGUUUGUCUAUUGACCGGCCAAAAUAUAUUCCAGGGCAACACUCUGUACCAACUUCCGUCCCCACAACCUUACCUCAGCAAGGUUCUAGAGUCUCUCCAGCUCAAGCUCCUCAUCCAUAUUCUUCCUAUGGACGACCUCCUGAUACAAGGCUACCUCAGACCCAUUAUUCCCAAGCAGGACACCCCACCUCUUCUGCACACCACCAGGUUAAUGCAGCUCAGCCAUCCCAUCCAAAAAUACAUCAGCCAUACUUGCAGACACCAACCACAAGAGCACUGCAGGUCCCUGCAACUUCCAGCAGCAGUCAUUCACUGGAACCACCACAUGCAUCUGUGGUUUCUCAGUCUCAUCAUUAUCCAUAUCCAAGCAGUCACAGUUAUUCUCAGAGUGUUGCUGCGCAAUACCACCAACACCAGCAGCAGAAGCAGCAGCGUUCAGCUUCUCAGUAUCCACCAUUCAGUUUGCCACAGAAUUCAAAAUCAGGAUCAGCAUCUGCUAUCCCAAAUCCACAUCUAACACCUCAGCAGGCUGCCCAUCAAGCAUAUGCCUAUUCUCACCAGCAACAACGUAGUGAAACACCUCAUGCAACUUAUUCUAGCAAGAGACAGAAUCAAAUAUCUCCACACCCUUCAGUUUCUCCUCACCCAUCCAUGUCUCCCCAUCCAUCUGCUUCCCCACAUCCCUCAGCAUCUCCCCAUCCUGCUGCUUCUCCCCACUCAACUGUGUCCCCCCAUACUUCCCACCAGGGGCGAAUUCCCUCACAAUAUUCUCCUCAUCACUCACAGCGCCCACCUUCUGUCUCUGUGAGUCAACAUUCACAUAAUUAUCCAGGAACUCUACCUCCUAGUCCUUAUUCAGGUCCUCAGAGUCAUUCGGCUCACACCACACCGCCUUCAUCUCGGCCAUCCUCAGCUACACCCCAGCUGCCACACACACCUCAAGCUCUCUCAUCUCAUCCUCCUCAGUCUUCUUCCAGACAGUCAGCCCAUCCAACUCCUGUGUAUCCAGCACCACCACAUCAUUCCCACCCUGCCCCACCUCACCCAACUCCAUCAGCUGACAGCCAGGGAAAACAAGGUCAUUCCUCCCAUGAGCUCCAUCAUCCUCAGCCUCGUCAGUCACAACUACACCCUCCUCCUCCACCCCAUCCUUCUCACUCCCAUCAGCCAUCCCAACCAUAUGCUCCCCACCAUGCUUCACAGCCAUAUCCACCACCACCCCAUCCUUCUCAUCCGUAUCCUCCUGGACACUACCCAUCCCAACCAUAUCCUCCUCCUCCUCAGCCAUAUCCCUUGUCAUCUCAUCCAUCUCAGCCUUAUCCUCCACCACCACCAUCUCAGCAUCAUACAGCAGCGCCUCAUUCCUCCCAGCCUCAUCCUUCCCCUCAUCAUUCAUCAAAUGUUCAUCCUGCCCAACCUCAGUCCUCCCAGUCACAUCCUCCUCUACACCAUACAUCUUACCCACACCCAUCUCAGCCUUAUCCCCCCCCCACACUCCAGCCAACCUCCCACCCCCACACAGCCUCCUCGUCCUCCGUCUUCAACCCAGUCUCAUCAGCCUACAUCCCAGUCUCGUCCCCCUUCCUCACAACCUGCUCAGAGUCCUGCAUCUCAGUCUACCUCUCCUGCAUCUCAAUCUGCUUCUCAUUCAUCACAGUCUGCCCCUCCUCCGUCAUCACAAGCUCCGCCUACUUCAUCGCAAGAUCCCCCACCUCCCCCUCCUUCCUCAAAGGCUGCUUCUCCUUCUCACUCUCGUCCACCUUCAACCCAGCCUCCUGCUCCAUCUACACAGCCUCCCUCAUCAGCGCAUCCUAAUCCUUCUCAUCAGCAGUCUUUAUCAGAGCCUCUACCUCCUUCGCAGUCUCACCCCCCUUCCUCUGCUGCCCAGUCUCACCCUAGUGCAA